UCUACUUCCGCCCAGGUAGCGGAAACGACGUCAUUAAUUCGUUCUGUGUUUACUAUCAGUGGCUACGCGCCAGUUGAUUAAGUAAAACACUUUUCUAAGUUUAUUUAGUAAAAGGCAGACACGUGAAGCGGAUGCAGAUGGGAGAUUCCUCGGCAGCUUCGGGGACGUCGCUGAAUUCUGGCGGGCGUGGGGCGAAAGCCGCCUCCAGCCCCGCGGAGAACUACCAGCUGGCCCGGCGGCGGACCCUGCAGGUUGUGGUCAGCGCGCUGCUCACGGAGAGCGGCUUCGAGAGCGCGGAGAAGGCCGCCGUGGAGACGCUGACCGAGAUGAUGCAGAGCUAUAUAACCGAAAUAGGUCGAUGUGCUAAAACGUACUGCGAACACACGGCGAGGAGCGUCCCGACGUUGUCAGACGCAGUGGUGACCCUCAUUGAAAUGGGUUUCAACGUCGACACCCUGCCUGUGUACGCCAAGCGCUCUCAGAGGAUGGUCAUAACUGCCCCUCCGGUGACGAACGCGCCGGUGACUCCUAAAUCUCUUUCUGCUGGACAGAAACGGACUCAUCCGUCUCACAUCCCCAGCCACUACCCAGAGUUCCCCGACCCUCACACCUACAUCAAAACACCUACGUUUAGAGAGCCUGUGUCAGACUACCAGGUAGUGAGAGAGAAGGCAGCCACCCAGAGGAGAGAUGUGGAGCGAGCCCUCACGCGUUUCAUGGCCAAAACGGGAGAAACCCAAAGCCUCUUCAAAGACGACGUCUCUGCCUUCCCAUUAAUCGCCGCCCGGCCGAGCGUCAUCCCGUAUCUCAGCGCCCUCCUGCCCUCAGAGCUGGAACUGCAGAGCCUGGAGGAGACGGACUCUUCAGAGCAGGACGAGCAGACGGACAGCGAGAACGCAGCGGGGAACGCAAACGCCGACGACCCGAGCGCUGACAAAGAGAACUCGGUGCUCCCCCCCGGCGGCGUUGUUCCAUCAGCCAAGGCCAGCGAGGACAACGUAAUCGACAACCCGUACCUCCGGCCCGUCAAGAAACCCAAAGUGAGGAGGAAGAAAUGAGCCGGGACCGGGCUCUGCUCAUGGACCCCCGUUGGCCGGGCCGGUCGGGGCCGCCAGCGGUCCGAUAUUUGGCAGUCCCAGAGGAGUGACCCGGCGUGGAAACCCGCUGUGAGAGCAGCGACCAGCAGCUGACUGACACCUGCUGCCGAAAAACAGUUUCCGUUGUUACGUUUUCUGUGAGAUCUCGCUUCGGACGGACUUCGUAAGCAGCUGCGCUCCGCCACGUGAUCCUACAGGCGUCUGGCUACUUUUUGUACAUAUGAGAACAUGAGUUCCUCCUUUUUACUUGCUCCUGUUUAUCUACUCGGUGAGAAUUUGUGCGGCUGUUUUGUCGAAGUAUCAGUAAAAUCAGACGACUCCAUGCGGUGUUGUGAUGUAUUUUCAUGCCUCAGCUGUGGAGUUAAUAGUAUAAACUCAGAUACGCCAGUCUGCUCCUCUGUUUAACAAACUCCUUGUCACUGGUUAACUGA